AGUUGCUGCAGCGAAAGGCGGCGAUGACUAAACACGAAAAAAGUAACACGCGGCCGCGGGGCGACGGGGAGAGACGGGAGGCCGAGGGGCAUACGAUUCCUUACUACGAAUGCAAAUAGUAGUCUCACGGCUGACAUGACGUAAAAAUGAAUAUCAUUCAUUACGCUGCUAAUCACAGGUCGCACACCAUGGCUGUCGAAAAGCUCGUUUAUCCUGCGGCGGAACGCAAUAAGAAUCCGAUACUGUCGGUGCUGAAACGCUACAUCCAGCCUGGCGCCGAUCAGACACUCCUGGAGAUAUCCUCCGGCUCGGGGCAACACGUGGCGCAUUUCGCGCCGCACUUCCCGCAGGUCACAUUUUACCCGUCCGAGUACGACCCGUAUCUGCUUGGGAGCAUUGCUGCGCACGCGAACGGAUACUCGAACAUAAGGAAACCCGUGCUGAUCGACGUCACUACGGACUUCCGGCUGUGGGACAACGGCACCUUCAAGCCGAAUAGUUUGGAAUACAUAUACAACGCGAACAUGAUGCACAUCUCGCCGUAUCAAUGCACCAUCGGCCUAUUUAAGAACGCCGGUCAAUUGUUGAAGCGUCACGGACUGUUGAUUACAUACGGGCCGUACGCCUGCGACAGUGUGAUCUACCCGGAGAGCAAUGUGAAAUUUCACAAUUCCCUGAGAUCGCAGAAUCCCAGCUGGGGUUUGCGCGAUAUAAGCGAUCUGAAGCGGUUGGCCGAGAAAAGCGAUAUCAAACUGACGGAGGUCGUGGAUAUGCCCGCUAAUAACAAGACGAUUGUUUGGAGAAAAGAUGGAAGAGCUGACAGAACAGGCGAGCACGUGUCUCCGAUUGGCAGAACAGCUGGUGAAACUGCCAAGACUUAGGUUACACGCGCGAACGAUGUUGUUAUCGUUAAGUUUACGUGUAG